AAAAGAUCAGAAUGAUACUUUUAUAGCAAUUCAGUUGGGGUUAUGGAAUUCCGAGCAUAAAAAAUAGUGCAGGCGUCUCCGGUGUUUGUCAGGUCAAUGCCAUUUAAACCGAUAGAAGUGAAACAUGGGCACCCUACUGCAUUGUGCUAUGCUGUGUUUUAUAAUGAAACGUAGCUAACGCCACCUUGUUAUUUUUGCGCGAAUGCUAAACUGUCUAAAAACGGGGCGUAAAUACAUUUUCGCCGUAAACGUCCAAAAGUAACUAUAAGUAUCUUAACACAAGUUAACUUAUGGUGUAAAGCGUGUAAUAUAGCAUUAUUACUGCUGAAUAACAACUAUUCUUGCGUUUCAGCAGACGGCUCGUGCUGACGAAGCUGCCUGUCUAGCUACAGCACGGGGAGAAAAUGUCGGUGUUAAACAACUUUCUCUAUUUAUUUAUUACAGCAUAGCUUUAUGUGCUAACUGAACUGAAGUAUGUAAUUGAGGCUUUAGUUUGCGACAAAGACUACUCUCUAAAUAAACGUCAUGGGCUUUAUUUGACUCUUCAGAGUAAAGGCAUCAUGGGGGUAGUACAAAGUACCUAUUGUGUGUUACCAGCGUCAUAUUUGGACUGGUCGGUUGGUUCGAAAUACAUUUACCAACAUUCUGCCCACAAAAACGUAUUUAAGCGGACGAUCUCCAUAUACCGACAGACUUUUUUCAGCAGCGCUAAUAAGCAAACAGCGCUCCCCACCAGGACUUCUGAAAAAACAAGCGCUGACUGGUCACAUGACAUUACACUGCUCACACGUAAAGAGCAAAAUCAGACAGUGGAAGUGGUUUCGAUGUACUAACCAUAGUCGGAUGAAAGGUCCCUGAGGAAUCAGUGCAGAGUGGGGGAUCACACUCACACACAGAACAAUGGAACGACCCCCACGGAGACGGCUGACAGCCAUGUGUUGCCCGUCCCUCGACACCUUGAAGACCUGGCUGCCCAUUCUUUCCUGGCUGCCCAGGUACAAGCUGAAGUGGCUUCAGAUGGACUUGCUUGCUGGAGCUACUGUUGGGUUGACCGCAGUACCACAGGUACUGGCUUACGCUGAAGUAGCAGGCCUCCCAUUAGAGUACGGUCUUUACUCAGCCUUCAUGGGAGGAUUCAUCUACACCCUCCUAGGAACUUCCAAGGAUGUUACACUUGGUCCAACAGCCAUCAUGUCUCUUUUGUGUUUCUCUGUGGUGGGGGGGCAGCCACAUAGAGCUGUACUUCUCAGCCUUCUCUGUGGAAUCAUCCAGGCAUUAAUGGCAUUACUCCGAUUAGGUUUUCUUUUAGACUUUAUCUCUUCUCCGGUAAUAAAAGGCUUCACUUGUGCAGCUGCAAUAACAAUUGGGUUUGGACAAAUCAAGAAUAUUUUGGGUCUGAAGGAUCUUCCUCCGCAGUUUUUCCUGGAGGUUUAUUACACCUUUAAGAAAAUCCCAGAGGCCCGGAUUGGUGAUGUCAUCCUGGGUCUGAUUUGUCUCUCUCUGCUGGUGAUGUUAAUGUUAAUGAAGAAGACUCUGGACUCAGAAGCUGUGCAUUCCAACUCCACGUUCUCGAGGAAACUAGUGUGGGUCGUUGCUACAAUGCGUAAUGCUCUCGUGGUCAUAGCUGCUUCUCUAGUAGCAUUUUCAUGGGAAGCCUUUGGACAUGAUGUUUUCACGAUUACCGGAAAAACAGUACAGGGGCUUCCACCCUUCAGGCCUCCACCCACCUGGGACAACACCACCAAUGGCACAAUCGUCCCCUUUGGAGAAAUUGUCGAGGGCUUUGGAGACGGACUUGCUGUUAUCCCCCUUAUGGGUCUUCUGGAGAGUAUUGCCAUUGCAAAAGCUUUUGCCAGUCAGAACGACUACAGGAUCGAUGUGAACCAGGAGCUGCUGGCAAUUGGUGUGACCAACAUUAUGGGCUCAUUUGUAUCAGGAUACCCUGUCACUGGCAGUUUUGGAAGAACAGCUGUGAACUCACAGACAGGUGUCUGCACCCCAGCUGGAGGGAUCGUCACAAGUGUCAUUAUAUUGCUCUCUCUGGCAUUUCUCAUGCCAGCCUUCUAUUACAUUCCCAAAGCGUCUCUGGCAGCUGUAAUCAUUUGUGCAGUCGCUCCCAUGGUGGAUUACACCUCUGUGACUAAGAUGUGGCGGAUACACAAAGUGGACAUACUACCUUUCGUUGUAACCUUCCUGAUGAGUUUUUGGCAGGUACAGUACGGCAUCAUUGGAGGAGUAGCUGUGUCUGGAGCCCUCCUGCUGUACAGCACAGCCAGACCUAAGAUAACGGUUUCUGAUUAUGGUUCACUGGUGAUGCAGUUCAGCAGUGGACUGAGUUUCCCUGCCACAGCGUACCUCAGCCACAUGGUACACAGUAAUGCUCUGAGGGCAUCUCCUCCACGCUCAUUGGUGCUGGACUGCUGUCACAUCAGCACCAUAGAUUACUCAGUCAUCAGCGAGUUCAGGGACAUGAUCAGACAGUUCAAACGGCAUAAUGUGGUUUUGAUUUUUUCUAAUUUGCAGCCAUCUGUUCUGGAGAUUCUCCUCAAAGCUGAUCUGGAGGAUAUGAAGUACACAGAAGAUGUGGAGGAGGCUCUGCAGCAGUUAGAAUCAGGAAAUGUCCUAGACGAUUGAUAACGUAAACUAGUCUUCAUUUUUCUUUGGUAUGUGUUUGGUAUGGGCAUUACAUGACUUGAAAAGGUAACAAGUGACAUUUCUGAUCAGGAAUUGUUCAAAUGUAAUUGCACUCAACAGAAGCUAGCCAGGCUACGGUCUGCUAAGACUCAGGAAGGUAAUAUGAAUUUUUUUUAAAAAUACUGCAUAAAAAAAAAUAAGGCAAAAAACAGCCAGGGACCAAAUCUGAAUGUAUCGUCAGAGAUGUUAGUUCUGUCCAUUUUUUCAGAAUCCACUUGUCUGUCCAAAGAAAUUUUAGUUUCUAGUUUAGUUUUAAUCUUUGAUUUUAUACUGCAGGGCAUUUGUGGAUUUACUUUGUUUGGUUACAUUUAGUGAGUGGGAAAAGCUUUUUUUAAAUACUGCAAUGUUGCAAGUGAGAACGGGACUGUUUACCAAUUUACAUACCUUCUGUCAGGUGAAGGUGUAUUAUGUCAUCUGUAUAUAAAUAACUUAAAACACUGAUUCAAUAAAACAUGUGUUAAACUCAA